CACGCAUCAGUUAACAUCAGACAAAGGCAGGACGCCAGGACCGCAAGGUUCCGCGUCAAAACGAAACCAAUCAUGCAAGAUGGAAUCUUCACCACUGGCCGCCUGAGCAUCCUUAUAAUCUACAUCCCGCCGCCUACCGGACUACACUCGCUCACACUCUCCCUCGCCAAACUUCUCUUCUCCUCUCAAAAACUCCUCUCCGAGCCUCCAACGUCAAAUGGCCACCGGCCAAGAUCUCCUCCGUCGCGGCCAAGAUCUACCGGACCACCCGGCUGCCGACGAGGACCCCGACCGCCUCCUCGUUGCCGCCGGCGAGGCCAAGAAGCCCCGCCGGGCGAAGCGCGUCGCCUCGCUCGACAUCUUCCGAGGCCUUACCGUCGCGAUGAUGAUCUUGGUGGACGGAGCGGGGGGCGAGUGGCCGGUGAUCGGACAUGCUCCGUGGAAUGGCUGCAACCUCGCCGAUUUCGUGAUGCCCUUCUUUCUCUUCAUCGUGGGGAUGGCCAUUCCCCUUUCUCUCAAGAGAAUACCGAACCGACUUCUCGCUGUGAGGAGGGUGGUGGUCCGGACUCUCAAGCUGCUGUUUUGGGGCAUCAUCUUGCAAGGUGGGUACUCACAUGCUCCUGACAAACUAUCAUAUGGAGUCGACAUGAAGCACAUAAGGUGGUGCGGCAUCCUCCAGCGAAUUGCUCUUGCAUAUGUGGUAGUAGCAUUGUUCGAAAUUUUAACAAAGGAUGCAAAAGUUGGAGAUCAACCAUCUACACCAUGCUCAAUAUUUAAGUUAAACCGCUGGCAAUGGCUUCUUGGUGCAUGUAUUCUUGUGACCUACCUGCUAGUAAUCUAUGAGACAUAUGUUCCUGACUGGGAAUUUACAGUGCACGAUACCGACAGCCAGGAGUAUGGGAAGGUCUUCAGUGUGGCAUGUGGUACAAGGGGCAAAUUGGAUCCUCCUUGUAAUGCUGUAGGCUAUAUUGACCGACAAGUGCUGGGCAUCAACCACAUGUAUCAGCAUCCCGCUUGGAAGAGAUCUAAGGCAUGCACUAAUAAUUCUCCUCAUGAGGGACCUUUCCGUAAGGAUGCUCCUGCAUGGUGCCAAGCGCCAUUUGAACCUGAAGGAAUCCUAAGCUCAAUCUCUGCUAUUUUGUCCACAAUCAUGGGAGUGCAUUAUGGACAUGUGCUUGUACAUAUGAAGAGUCAUCUAAAUAGACUAAAGCUGUGGAUUCCAAUGGGCCUGUCCCUCCUCAUUUUCGGAAUUAUUCUGCAUUUCACACAUGUAAUUCCACUAAACAAGCAAUUAUACAGUUUUAGCUAUGUUUGUGUCACAGCUGGAGCAGCAGCAAUAGUUUUCUCCAUUUUUUAUUUCCUGGUUGACAUAUUGGGUCUGCGCACUCUCUUUCUGCCACUAGAGUGGAUUGGUAUGAACGCAAUGCUAGUGUUUGUAAUGGCUGCAGAAGGCAUAUUUGAAGGUUUCCUCAAUGGGUGGUAUUAUGAGAGCCCUAAUAAUACACUGAAUUUUAGCCUACAGCCACCCUGUUGCUGCAUGAUAGCCAGACCGUCUUCCAUUCCAAAUUGGUCUGAAAUCUGGACUGUUUCACAGCGCGUUAAAAACUGUAGCUGUCAUCCUCCUUGUGUAGCCCACUAGAUAACUCACUCGGCUGGGCUCCUCCAGUGCCUCGUGUGAUCCCUGCAGCCAUUUUAAUGUGUAUGAUACCAAAAGAAAGUUUCAUAAACUCAAGAUGGAUGAUAAUCAUAUCAGACCAUAUCAGAUCUCAUGCCACGCUGAGAAAGUGUUUAAGAUGUGCUCUGGGUGAAUUUCCAUUACCUAAUACAUGAAGAGGCUCAUCAUUCUAUAUUUUGAGGUAUGAAUCAUUUUAGAAUCAUCAAUCAUACAAUCUCUUCUCAAUGAUGGCCACCAAAUAUUUAUCAGAGAAUCUAUUUACUACCAAAACAUGGCAUGAAUCAGUUUCAAUAACUUCAUGAAACCUGAGCAGACCAAUUUUGAAUUCACAGACCAUAAUUGCUCAUUUAUUUACAGAUAGCAACAGGAAGUGAUGAUCAAACUGGCAAAGGGCAGUUCAUGCAAUGCAAGAGACGGAAUGAGCUGACCUACUCUCAAACACCCAAGAAUGCUCGACACUGGGACUGCCAAUGCUCCUUGGUCCGGCGAACACGUUCCACUCUUUCAGAUCGAAGCCGCUCCUCCCAGUAAUCAGGACAGCUGUUUAGGGACAUACAGUGAGAAAAGAUCCUUUACCACUAAAACAAAUGUGACAUAGAGCACUUCAAUAAAACUAUACCUUCGGCUUAACAAGAUGUUUAGCUCAUCUAAGUGUACUGCACCAGCAUAUACUCCUGCCUGAAGUUACAAAUCAAGAACAAACAUUAUAUCAGGUAGAUAUUUCUAUAUGCCUUUCUCUUUUUUUUUCUUUUUUUUUUUGGCUGAAUGUUUUAAGGAACAUUGUUCCACUCUAAUGUGACACCAUAGGCAGAUAUAUUGAGACA